CCUCGGGCAGUGGCGCUGGGCCGGGAGGCCGGCGAGUGUGUGGAGAGGUCCCGGUGCGCCCCGCAGGGGGAGAUGGCGUCCUACGUGGAUAAUAGCUUCCGCCAAGCGGUGAUGAAGAACCCCGCCGAGAGGACCCCCCAGGACCUGGAAAUAGUGUAUUCCUAUUUACAUGGAAUGGAAGCCUUAUCAAACCUGAGGGAGCACCAGCUAAGGCUAAUGUGUGAAACGGUGAGAUACGAAAGACAUGAAGCAAACGAAGUUUUAUACUAUCCGGAUGAUAUUGGCACCUGCUGGUACAUACUCCUUUCUGGUUCCGUGUUCAUUAAGGAAUCCAUGUUUCUUCCAAGGAGCAGUUUUGGCAAGCGUUCUGCAGGAAGCUUUAGGCGUGGCUGUGAAUGCAUUGUGUUAGAGCCUUCUGAAAUGAUUGUGGUGGACUAUAUGGAUGAAAAUGAAGAAUAUUUCCAGCGCCAAGCCUCCCACAGACAGUCUCGAAGAAGAUUUAGAAAAAUCAACCAGAAAGGUGAAAGACAAACAAUUAUUGACACAGUGGACUCAUACCAUGUGGGAAAGCCCCCUUUACCUAGAGGUUACCAUACGGAAUGCACUAAAUCCCAGCUCCCUGCAGAUUUCACCAAACUGCACCUCACUGACAGCCUCCACCCACAGGUGACCCACGUUUCCUCCAGCCACUCAGGAUGUAGCAUCACCAGCGACUCUGGAAGCAGCAGUCUUUCUGAUAUUUACCAGGCCACGGAGAGUGAGGCUGGUGACAUGGACCUGAGUGGACUGCCAGAGACGGCAGUUGAUUCUGAGGAUGAUGAUGAUGAGGAAGACAUCGAGAGGGCAUCCGACCCUCUGAUGAGCAGGGACAUUGUGAGGGACUGCCUGGAGAAGGACCCAAUAGAUAGGACUGAUGAUGAUAUUGAACAACUGCUUGAAUUUAUGCACCAGCUGCCUGCUUUCGCCAACAUGACGAUGUCAGUGAGACGGGAGCUCUGUGCUGUGAUGGUGUUCGCAGUGGUGGAAAGAGCUGGAACCAUUGUGUUAAAUGAUGGAGAAGAGCUGGAUUCCUGGUCAGUGAUUCUCAACGGUUCCGUGGAAGUAACAUACCCAGAUGGGAAAGCAGAAAUACUGUGCAUGGGAAACAGUUUUGGUGUGUCACCUACCAUGGACAAAGAGUACAUGAAAGGAGUGAUGAGGACCAAGGUGGAUGACUGCCAGUUUGUCUGCAUUGCCCAGCAAGAUUACUGCUGUAUUUUGAACCAAGUAGAAAAGAACAUGCAAAAAGUUGAGGAAGAAGGAGAGAUUGUAAUGGUGAAGGAGCACCGAGAACUAGAUCGGACUGGAACGAGGAAGGGCCACAUCGUCAUCAAGGGUACCUCAGAGAGGCUGACCAUGCAUUUGGUGGAAGAACAUUCUGUCGUGGAUCCAACUUUCAUAGAAGACUUCCUGUUGACAUACCGGACUUUCCUGUCCAGCCCAAUGGAAGUGGGAAAGAAGUUACUGGAGUGGUUCAAUGACCCGAGCCUCAGGGAUAAGAUGAAAAUGCCUUAUUUCAUAAUCUGUAAAGACUUUACCUUGCUAGUAAUUUGUGUUUUAAAAUUCACUCUUCUCAGUGAUAUUGGGAUUGGUCAGUCUCAAGAUGAUAGCAUCGUGGGCCUGAGGCAGACCAAACACAUCCCAGCUGCCCUGCCUGUUAGUGGAACACUCUCUUCGAGUAACCCUGACUUGCUACAGUCACACCACCGGAUUCUGGACUUCAGCACGACACCAGACUUGCCAGAUCAGGUGCUCAGAGUUUUCAAGGCUGACCAGCAGAGCCGGUACAUCAUGAUCAGUAAGGACACCACAGCAAAGGAAGUGGUCAUCCAGGCCAUCAGAGAGUUUGCCGUCACUGCCACCCCAGACCAGUAUUCUCUGUGUGAGGUCUCUGUCACACCUGAGGGAGUUAUCAAACAGCGACGACUCCCAGAUCAGCUUUCCAAGCUUGCCGACAGAAUACAACUGAGCGGAAGGUACUAUCUGAAAAACAACAUGGAAACCGAAACGCUUUGCUCAGAUGAGGAUGCACAGGAGCUGUUGCGGGAGAGCCAAAUCUCUCUUCUUCAGCUCAGCACUGUGGAGGUCGCCACACAGCUCUCCAUGAGGAACUUUGAACUCUUCCGAAACAUUGAGCCUACUGAAUACAUAGAUGAUUUAUUUAAACUCAAGUCGAAAACCAGCUGUGCCAACCUGAAGAAAUUUGAGGAAGUCAUUAAUCAGGAAACAUUUUGGGUAGCUUCGGAAAUUCUGCGAGAGACAAACCAGCUGAAGAGAAUGAAGAUCAUUAAGCAUUUCAUCAAGAUUGCCCUGCACUGUAGGGAAUGCAAGAAUUUUAACUCCAUGUUUGCAAUCAUUAGGUCGCUGAGCCAGGGCAGUGCGAAUGCCACAGUGUUGGAUGUUGCUCAGACAGGCGGACAUAAAAAGCGGGUACGCCGUAGUUCCUUCCUCAAUGCCAAAAAGCUAUAUGAAGAUGCCCAAAUGGCCCGGAAAGUGAAGCAGUAUCUGUCCAACUUGGAGCUGGAGAUGGAUGAGGAGAGUCUUCAGACACUGUCACUGCAGUGUGAGCCAGCAACCAGCACUUUGCCCAAGAAUCCUGGUGACAAAAAGCCUGUCAAGUCCGAGACCUCUCCUGUGGCUCCGCGUGCAGGUCCACAGCAGAAAGUGCAGCCUCAGCAGCCACUGCCACAGCCGCAGCCACCACAUAAAGCUAGCCAAGGACUGCAGGUGCCCGCUGUGUCCCUCUACCCUUCUCGAAAGAAGGUGCCGGUGAAGGAUCUGCCACCUUUCGGCAUAAACUCUCCUCAAGCUUUAAAGAAAAUCCUGUCCUUGUCUGAAGAAGGGAGCUUGGAGCGCCACAGGAAACAAGCAGAAGACACAAUAUCAAAUGCAUCUUCGCAGCUGUCAUCACCCCCCACCUCACCUCAGAGCUCUCCAAGGAAAGGUUAUACAUUGGCUCCCAGUGGUACUGUGGAUAACUUUUCAGAUUCUGGUCACAGUGAAAUUUCUUCACGAUCCAGUAUUGUCAGCAAUUCUUCUUUUGACUCGGUGCCAGUCUCUCUGCAUGAUGAACGGCGCCAGAGGCAUUCUGUCAGCAUUGUGGAGACCAACCUAGGUGUCGGCAGGAUGGAGCGGCGGACCCUGAUUGAGCCUGAUCAAUACAGUUUAGGGUCAUAUGCCCCAGUGUCUGAAAGCCGAGGCCUGUACGCCGCAGCAACUGUCAUCUCUUCUCCUAGCGCAGAGGAGCUCUCCCAUGACCAAGGGGACCGUGCUUCCCUCGAUGCUGCUGACAGCGGUCGUGGGAGCUGGACAUCAUGUUCAAGUGGUUCCCAUGAUAACAUCCAGACCAUCCAGCACCAGAGAAGCUGGGAAACAUUGCCGUUUGGGCACACUCACUUUGACUAUUCAGGGGAUGCUGCAGGCAUAUGGGCCUCUGGUGGCCAUAUGGACCAAAUUAUGUUUUCUGAUCAUAGCACAAAAUAUAAUAGACAAAAUCAAAGUAGAGAGAGUCUUGAACAAGCCCAAUCACGGGCAAGCUGGGCAUCUUCCACAGGCUACUGGGGAGAAGAUUCAGAAGGUGACACGGGCACUAUCAAGCGAAGGGGUGGCAAGGAUGUCUCCAUUGAGACAGAAAGUAGCAACCUGGUGCCUGUGACCACAGAGGAAGCCAAACCUGUCCCCAUGCCUGCCCAUAUAGCUGUGACGUCAAGUACUACAAAGGGGCUCAUUGCACGGAAGGAGGGCAGGUACCGAGAACCGCCGCCCACACCUCCAGGCUAUGUGGGCAUCCCCAUCGCUGAUUUCCCUGAAGGGCCUUGCCACCCAGCACGGAAGCCUCCAGACUACAACGUGGCCCUGCAGCGGUCCCGCAUGGUAGCGCGGCCCACCGAGGCCCCAGCUCCAGUGCAGACGCCUCCUGCAGCCAGCAGGCCAGGAAACAAACCGCAAUGGCACAAGCCCAGUGAUGCAGACCCUCGCCUAGCACCCUUCCAGCCACAGGGCUUUGCUGGCACCGCCACUGAGGAAGACGAAGAUGAACAGGUGUCUGCGGUUUGAGGCACAGGCUUCUUAAACCAGAGCGAGCCACCAAAAGGAGAGCACAAGAUGUAGGAAGCAUUGGAGCCUUGGCACGCACAUCCUGAGGAUGGUGGACCAGUUUGCCUCCUUCCCUGCCUUAAAGCAGCAUGGGGCUUCUUCUCCCCUUCUUCCUUUCCCCUUUGCAUGUGAAAUACUGUGAAGAAAUUGCCCUGGCACUUUGCAGACCUUAUUGCUUGAGAUGCACAGUCCAGCAGUCUCCGAGCUGCUGCCUGCCACAUCACACAGUAUCAUUCCAGAUUCCAAGAUCAUCGUGAGGUGAUUCCCUCUGGCUACACUUCUCCAAGCCUGGAAGGAGUUUUCAAUCUUCCUCUUAGAUUUCAAUCCAGCCCUAGCCCUCGAUCUCAUUUAGAAGAUGAGAAAAGCUAGCCUUUGAACUACUUGGGGUCUUGAACCCACCAAGGAAGACAAAGACAGACAUGAAAUCCUUUGAGUACAGUGCUUUGUCCACUUGUUUACAAUAUCCUUUAAAAAAUGAGUUUAAAGAUUGUGUUCAGAGAGUAAAUGUUAUAUCCAUUUAAUGAUUACAGUAUUAUUUUGACCUUAAGUAGGAUUGCCAGCCUGGGUUUCUGAAAAACCAAAUAUGCCGGACAGGGUAUGGCCGCACCAAGGAAAGACCUAGCAGUGACGAUGUCUUCCCAUGUCCUGGCCUUGCCUGAGAAGUGCCCUAUCCCAGAAGCAUCAAACGUUAGCCAAUUACUUAAAUACCAAGACUCCUCACCUGCUUCUUCCCCAGUGGGUGAGGUUCUAAUGUAAAACUGUUUGCACAUGGCCAGGGGAGGGAACGAGGACUCGAGUGUCCUGUCUGAGCCUUAUGAGGCAGGACAGUGUUAUUUGGGAGUGUGUCCUGCCCAAUUACAAUGGAUGGCAACCCCUGUUUUUAAGUUAUGGUUUUUUAUUUUUUGUUUUUGGUUUUUUUUUUGUUGUUUCAAGUUUUGUUAAUUUAGAGUUUUAGAGCUUUUUGUUUUUAUUUUUUAAAAGAAAGAAACAUAACUGGAUAACAUCGCAGUAAAGCAGCUUGGGGUGUUGGAGUGAAUGCCAGCUGUUCGUACUGCUCUUUCAAGACAGCCUCCCCUUGUUGAAUUGGCACCAGAGAGUAUGUCUUUAAACAGGAUUAAAGGUCACGUGGUUAGAUACACCAGCCUUUGCAAGGUGGGUUAGUCACCAAAGACUGACCUGUAAGUGGCUUCGUGGACGCUGCAUAUAGAGAAGGCCUAAGUGUAGCGCCCAUCUGCUCACAGCUGCUAUGAACCCUAGAAUGACUGAAAAUGACCCCCACCGUUCUAUUUUUGUGUUGUUUUUGCACAGACUCCGGAAAAGUGAAGGCUGCCAAUCCGAGUAGUACUCAGAUGUGAGGGGCUGCUGGUCUUGGAUUUUUCCAUUAAAUUCAGCUGAUCAUAUUGAUCAGUAGAUAAACGUAAAUAGCUUCAAAUUUUAAAGGUCGAAUUGCAGUGUUUUUUCACUGUGUCAAACAAUGUCAGUGCUUUAUUUAAUAAUUCUCUUCUAUGUCAUGGCAUUUGUCUACUAUGUAUCACAUUGUCACUUACGCAUUUGUAAUUUUACAUGUAAUAUGCAUUAUUGCCAGUUUUACUAUAUAGGCUAUGGACCUCAUGUGCAUAUAGAAAGACAAAAAUCUAGCUCUAUCACAAAUUGCACAGAUGUUAUCUAAACAUUAAGUAAUUGUAGAACAUAGGACUGCUAAUCUCAGUUCGCUCUGUGAUGUCAAGUGCAGAAUGUAAAAUUAACUGGUGAUUUCCUCAUACUUUUGAUACUACUUGUACCUGUAUGUCUUUUAGAAAGACAUUGGUGGAGUCUGUAUCCCUUUUGUAUUUUUAAUACAAUAAUUGUACAUAUUGGUUAUAUUUUUGUUGAAGAUGGUAGAAAUGUACUAUGUUUAUGCUUCUACAUCCAGUUUGUACAAGCUGGAGAAUAAAUAAAUAUAACAUAAAGCCUUGUCUAAAUUUUUAA